CCCCACCAUGAUCCCAGCAGUUUCCCGCCUCCUCUGCCUUCGUCAAGGUGACAGGCCUACAGAGGAUUACUUAAUGCCAUGCAAUACCCCACACUGGUCACUUGAACAAUAUAUAGACGUUGCUCUGCGAAUGAGUGGCUCUGCCUUCACUGUGAGUGUCGUGGAGGAGGAACACAGCACCUCUCCAAAGUCCUCAGUCGUCAUGCCUACCAAGUCUGAACCUGUUCACGUCAUGCCUGCCAAGCCAAGGUCUGCUCACAUCAUGUCUGCCAAGCCACAGCCUGCUCACGUCACGCCUGCUACGCCACAGCCUGCACACGUCAUGUCUGCUAUGCCAAAACCUGCUCACAUCAUGCCCGCUACUCCAGGACCUGCUCACAUCAUGCCAGUUAACCAUCAUGUUCCCAUUGUGCCCUGGUCGUGGAUUGAAGUUGUAACCCGCUGUCGGUGA